AUGGCUGGAGGCACAAAGAGAGACUACGACGGCAAUGCGCGCGCCAAGAGCACGCAGGAAUUGCCGCGCGGCAGAUUCCACGCCAUGUUCGAGAAUUUCCGCGACGAAUUGGAUGAGCACUACGACCGCAGAGAACGCAUUAUCAAGGCAUCUAGAGAUGUGACGGCGCAGAGCAAGAAGAUUAUUUUCACACUGCAAAGAGUCAAACAACCCAAUAAAGACUUUCCAAAGGGCAUCCAGCAAGACAUUGAUACACGUCUUGGUGAAAUCUCAAAGUUGCUUUCAGGCAUUACUGCAGAUGUGCAGUCCAUCAACCGUUACCGCUACGGCUUUUCUCUGCGAUGUCUGGAGGAGCUUGUCGAGGCACUCUCCUUUGCCCACUACCUGAGGCACCAGACUCUCAUUACUCUGGAGGAAACUCAAGCAGCCGUUCCCGCCGAUAUUAUGCUGACGCCGCACGACUACAUGUAUGGCCUCUUCGAUCUGUUUGGAGAACUGAUGCGUUUUGCAACAGUCACAACCGCGCAGACGGGCGAGCUGGUUGGUGACUAUGAGAGAAACAUCUCGAGCGAUAUUCAGGAGCUUGGCUGUGCAUUUGAGAUGCUGCCUCAGGUGCCGACGAAAGAUUUUCGCUCCAAGAUGGAGGUUAUGCGGCAGAGCAUCAACAAGGUCGAGAAGCUGGGCUACGGUCUCGUGGUAAGGGGCAGUGAGCGACCUAAGGGAUGGGUCCCUGACAUGAAAGACGAUGACCCUCGACCUGCUUCUCCUGUGUGA